AUGGACCCCUCGGAGGCGAUUCCCGUCUUGAUGGGCUUCGCUGGGAUCCCCGACGCCGACACUGCGCGGCGUUUCUUAGAGCGAGCUGGAGGCGACAUUAAUGUAGCAGCUUCCCUCUAUGUGGACAGCACGGCGGGGAACGACAGAGGCAGCACUCCAGGGGAGCCUGUGGAAGAGUUGAGAGCCCCAGAUCCAGAAUAUUCACAAACUCUUUUGAGUGAGUUUCUCGCCCUUCAUUUCACCAAGGAGGCCUGGGCGGAGGCUCCAGCGGCUGCUAGAGAGCUGGCCAGGGCCCAGAAGAAGUGGCUGCUGGUUAGCAUUCAGCAAGUGGACGCCUUUGAGUCUCUGCGACUCAACAGAGACAUCUGGAAGGCAGAAGUAGUUCAGGACUUGAUAAAAGACUUUUUCAUCUUUUGGCAAAGAACUGACAAGUGCGAGGAAGGUCAAAUUUUCCUUGACGUCUACCGCGUCACUUCUUUGCCACAUGUGUGUGCAAUUGACCCCCUCACUGGCCGCUGUUUAAAGAUAUGGAGCCCCCGGGUGCUCAGCGACGCGAUCGCCGUGCAGUCCGAGUUUUUUGAAUUUGUUGAACGCCAGCAGAUGGCGGAAAGAAGUCGAAAUCCAGACCCGAAGCCGUCAGAAGGACCUGCUGAGGUCUCUUCAUCGAAAAAGCCCUCUGCUGCUUCUGCUGCUUGCGUAGCAUCUGCGGAUGCCCCCGGCAGCUCCUCUUCAAAGGCAGCAGCUGCAGCAGCAAGUGCUGCAGCAGCUGCUGCUGCUGAUGGCGGCAAGGGGAGAACAGCGGGGGAACCUCUUGGCUCCCAGAGUUGCGAAUCUCAGCCUUCUGCAUACAAGGAUGUGAAUUUGCAGCUGCAAGACCUCAUGAAGCUGCGUGAACAGAGGCGGCAGCGGCAAAUGAAUUCAAGUCCUUCAACUUGA